UUUCCAGUAGCGCCGGCAAAGGCCAAGGCAACACAGCCACGUGCGGUCGCCCAGACGCUCGUCCCGGAAGAGAAAGCUCCACUUCCGGAGCAGCCGGAAAAGGCUCACAACGCGGGCGACCCGAAGAAGGGCCGGCAGAGGGCGGUGUUGGAGAGCAGAUGGGGUUAGAGACGGCCCUUGGGCUCCAACCCGGAUGUAGGCGGAGCAGGAGCGAGGAACCCGCGCACUACGAAGUCCAAGGUUGUCUGCAUGAAACAUGGUCACGAUGCUGAGGAAACCUUUUGCUCCUGCUGAGUACUUACCACCUGCAUCUUCAGUCCUUGUGAGAACCACAUUGUUCCACUGGCAAUAAAUGGAGGGCCUCCCGGGCUGUGCUUCUCACCUCAUAAUGAGAAUUACCAGCAAGCCUGCAUGGAUUCAAAGUGAUGUGAGCCUGCUGCCCUUUUUAGUAAUUAAUGAUGAGAAAGGCAGAAGAGAUAUGGGCAGGGCCAAGGAAAUCAACAAGGGAUGAGGAAGCACCCAGAGAGCAGCGAUAGUGGAGAGUGCCCUGUGAUGAAAACUGGCAAUCCCAUGGAGCCACCACUAGGAGACCGAGUACCACCUGAGGACUGAAGCAUCUGGCCAGUUGUGGUGCAUCAUCCCUCUCUCACUGGAACAUCCACAAGCCCACUUUACAGAUGAGGCAUGUUAAGGAAUUUACCCAAUACCUCACCUCUGGGCCCUAUGAUUUAUGCAGGAGCAGAGGCAGCACGCAAUCGAGCUGUCAAGAGAGCGUCAGCUUAUUAGGCAAAUGCUGCGUUGUUUCUGAAGAGGGUCGACACUAUAAAAUCCCACUCCAGGCUCUGGUGUGGAGAAACUCAGAGCCCAAGUCCGUUGAGAGACUGAAGAGAAAGAGAAGAGGGAAAGAAGAACAGUGGGGACAGAAAGGAGAAGCAAAGAAAACCCUUGAAAACCCCAGAGACGUUCCUCUGCAGAGAGGCGCGGCGCGCAGCUCACCUACAGAAGCGCCUCAGAAGCUAGCGCCCCUAAAAUGCGGCUGCCACUGCUUGUGUCCGCGGGCGUCCUGUUGGUGGCUCUCCUGCCCUGCCCGCCAUGCAGGGCCCUCCUCAGCCGGGGGCCCGUCUUGGGUGCCCGGCAGGCCCCGCAGCACCCCCAGGCCCUGGAUUUCCUCCAGCCGCAGCAGCAGCCCCAGCAGCCGCAGCCUCGGCCGGUCCUACUCCGCAUGGGGGAGGAAUAUUUCCUCCGCCUGGGUAACCUCAAUAAGAGUCCCGCUGCUCCACUCUCUCCCGCCUCCUCGCCUCUCACCGGCAGCAGCGGCAACCGGCCGGACGAGGUGGCUGCCAACUUUUUCCGCGCGUUGCUGCAGCAGCUACCGCUGCCCCGGCGCCCGCUUGACAGCCCUUCGGGUCCCGCGGAGCGCGGCGCAGAGAAUGCCCUCAGCAGCCGCCAGGAGGCACCCGAGAGGGAGAGGCGAUCCGAGGAACCUCCCAUCUCGCUGGAUCUCACCUUCCACCUCCUCAGAGAAGUCUUGGAAAUGGCGAGGGCGGAGCAGUUAGCGCAGCAAGCUCACAGCAACAGGAAACUGAUGGAGAUUAUUGGGAAGUGAAACGGUGCGUUUGGCCAAAAAGAUUCUGCAUUUAGCACAAAAAGCAAAAAUAAAAAAUAUUACAGUAUUCUGUACCAUAGCGUUGCUCUGAUACCAUUUGUUUAUUUUUAUAUAGCUUGAGAAGUAGAAGACCGUGCAGCAAGAGCGCUCGUACCCCUUAAUUAGCAUGCACAAAGUGUAUUCACGUGCCACAGGGCAACAAAAUGUAAUUUGUAUCGUCUGUGUUUAGUUUCUCUUUAUUUCCAGGUGUCUUUAAUGAUGUUUUAAAGAGCAAAUAGACCCAGGGGGAAAUGUUUUGAAGAAGCAGGCAUAAGUCACCCAAAUGAUUUUGUUGUAGUUUGAGCUAAAGAGAAUGUCAUUCUCUUGGGUGGGUGACAUAAAAUUUUGUAAGCUUGUUGAAUCAACUUUUCCUUGUAAACGUUUCAGUAAUAAAACAUCUUUCCAAUCCUUGGUCAAUUUGUUUGUGUAAGAGAAUGUUGAAUAUUUAUAUUUCUAAUAAAAGCUGCAAAGGUAAAGAUG